AUGAAAGGGUUCACCAAAGCAAUCAAGCGAACACCUCACCUUGUCACAUCUAAAGUUGGCUUUGCGAAGAAGUCCUCUGACCCCGAAUUCGACGACUACAAUCGCCAUUUCAUCAGCCUCGAGCAAGCCACAGAAAAGUUGCUUAAAGAUACCAGGAUAUUUUCCGAAGCUGUUUUAACCCUCUUCACUUCUUCCGUUGGUUUCGCCAACCAUUUCAAUUUUAUAUUCUCUCCGAUGGGUGGCGAGUAUAACUUGCAAGGCAAGCAUCCCUCCUGCGAGGCAACCGUCGCAAACACUCCUCCGUACUCAACUUCUCUCGACGAACUUCGUUCUGCGAUCUCCCCUGAACUCGAGCUCAUCGAAUCACGAAUUGUUGCACCCUCCUCGAAACUGAUCAGGAAGAGCAUCACCAAACGCGAUCAUAAGCUGGUCGAUUAUGAUCGAUUCAAUAAUUCACUUACUAAAUUGAGGGACAAGAAAGAGAAGAGUUUGAGUGAUGAGAAGAAUUUGUUCAAGCUUGAGCAAGACUUCGAGAUUGCCACAAAUGAGUAUGAUUACAUUAACAAUGCACUCAAGACAGAUCUCCCGCACUUCAUGCAACUUUCAACUCAUUUCAUCGAGCCUCUUUUCCAUUCAUUCUAUUACAUGCAGCUCAACAUUUAUUAUCUUUUCCUUGAGAAAAUGAAUUCAUUCGCGGAGGGUCGAUACGAUGUUACCAACGCCCCUGGUGCUCAAAUCCAGGCUGACUAUGAAGAGAAGCGAACGGAUGCAUGGAGUCAAAUAGAGGAUCUUCAACCGUUACAAGUGCUGGUAGUGGGAGCAGCCGCUCAAUGCCACCAUCCCGAGCAGCGCCCUACAUCUUCCUUCAUCAAGAAGCCACCUCCAGCGCCGCCUGGCCAGACACCUGCUCCUCCUCCCCCGUACUCUGCCGCUUCAAAUGAUUCGGGAGCUGGAACUACAGCUGCAAUAAAGAGGCCGCCGCCACCCCCACCGGUGAAACCCAAACCAAAGCCAGAGCCAGCCGUAGAGUAUGUCACAGCCUUAUAUGAUUUCGAUGCUCAGGCUGAAGGAGAUCUUUCUUUUAAAACCGGUGACCGCAUCGAAAUUGUAACUAAGACAGAGAGUCAGGAAGAUUGGUGGACAGGUCGUCUUAACGGCGACCAGGGUGUAUUCCCAGGCAACUAUGUACAGUGA